AUGUACGACGAAGAGGUUGAGAUGAAGAGCGGCAGUGCUGUUCGAUCAACACCGGCCGAAGUCAAUGCGCAGGGAAAUAGCAGCGCCGACUACCGCCAGAGACAGCAGUUAGAGAGAUACCUAAAUUUCUUCUCGUCCCUUGCAUUCUCGGCCACCCUUCUUGCUUCCUGGGAGGCAACUGGUGGAGGUCUGUUGGCUGGUCUCGCCAAUGGAGGUCCUGCAGCCAUUGUGUACGGUAUCAUUAUCAGUGCCGUAGGAAACCUGGCUAUUGCAAGCUCUCUGGCCGAGCUUGCCUCUGUGCACCCCACCGCGGGAGCACAAUACCACUGGAGUUAUGUCCUUGCGCCAUGCUACCCUCGAUUUCUCAGUUUCUUUCAAGGAUGGGUAUUCUCUUGGGCUGCUCUCGUCUGCAUUUCCCCUUACUUCAUCGGCACUGAAAUUGAAGGAAUGGUUGUUCUCGGCCAUCCGGAAUACGAGUCCAAGCGAUGGCACGGCACUUUGCUGAUGUGGGCCGUUGUUCUGAUUCCGAUUGUCAUCAACAUCUUCGCUCGACGCGUCCUCGCUGUGAUCGAAGUCGUGGCUGGCAUCAUGCAUGUUGUCUUCCUGCCGGUGACUAUUGCGACCUUUGUCAUCCUUGCCCCUCGCAACCCCGAUGCGUUUGUCUGGGAUAAUUUCGUUAGUGGUCUUAGUGGCUGGCAAAACCCAGGUGUAGUCUUUUCUGUCGGACUUCUAGGAGUCCUGACACCUCUCAGUGGAGUCGACGGCGUCAUCCACAUGUCGGAGGAGGUCAAAAACGCCAAAACCGUGAUCCCGCGCUCCAUGAUCUGGGGUACGCUCAUCAACGCCAUCAUGGCCUUCGGCUACGCCAUCGCCACCCUCUACUGCAUGGGCAGCUACGAGGAAGCCCUUCUCAGCCCCACAGGCUACCCCAUCAUCCAAAUCGCCUACCAAGCCACCGGCUCCAAGACCGCCACCUACAUCCUCAUGGCCAUGGGCAUGCUGCCCGGGUGGGUCGCGCUCUUCAAUGGUCUCGCCUCCGUCACGCGUCUCACCUGGGCCUUCGCGCGUGACAACGGGCUUCCCUUCUCCGACUUCUUCGUGAAGGUCGAUCCGCGAUACAAGAUCCCCAUCCGGGCUUUAUUCCUCGUCGCGUCGUGCGUGAUCGCCCUGUCGUUCAUCCAGAUCGGGUCCACCGCCGCGUUCAACGCCAUCUUGUCGCUGAGCACCAUGGGUCUGUACAUCUCUUACCUGCUCCCGUUGGUGUUCCUGGUCCUGAAGCGGUUCACGGCCCCCGAUGAGAUCCCGCAGGGGUCGUUCACGAUGGGGAAGUGGGGACUGUCGGUGAAUUUGGUGGCGAUCUUGUUUGCGACGUAUUUUGUCAUCUUCUUGCCGUUUCCCGCUGAGGUGCCUGUUACGGCGGAGAAUAUGAAUUAUGCCGGCCCGGUGUUGGGCUUUGUGAUGCUCUUUGCGUGUGGGGAUUGGGUGGUUCGCGGACGGCAUAAGUGGGCUGGUCCGACGAUGAAGUAUUCUCGGGAGUGA